GAUUUCUUUGCUGCAGACAGCUCUCUCUUAAUAGCGUGUCCUAUACAUAUCUAAUUCAAUACUCUUGUAAAACUCCAGCAUAUAUACUCGUUGAGAAAUUGUAAUGAUCAAUUUUCCAACGAAUAUUGGAUUCAUUUCGAUGGCAAACACAACCUUUACUCAAAAGUCUACUUCCUUGGCCGUGGAGACAUUAUUAUGUCAAGCUUCAAAGGUCGAUCAUCGCCCUAGUAAUAAUUUUCGAUUCAACUCCAAAGUCAAAUACAAUUGCUUCUCAGUUCCAGAACAGAACUUGGGCUUGAGGUUUCAAAAGGACGCCACAAAAAAGAUGAAAAUGGUUGUCUAUGCCAGCAUACCACCAGGAAAUUCACCCCCUGUUGAUUCUUCUCUUGGUCACUGGAAAACUUGGAUCGUUGGAACAGUAAUCAUUUUACUUAUGUCCAUUACGAGGAACAAAUGGGGACCUUUGCUAAAACUAUUAUUAAUGAAAGGGAAAAUUGGGACAACAAUAGAUAAAGCAGAACGUGUGGUUGAGAAGGUUGCGGAAGUGGCUGUGAAGAAUCUUCCAAUAGGAAAACUUCAGGAUGCUGCUGAAUUUGUUGAAAAUGUAGCUGAAAAUGUAGACAAGCAGACCCAAAAUGCAGAAGAUGUAUUAGAAAAGGUUCUAACCUGUGUCCGAACUCUUUUUUUAAUCACAAUUAUACAUUAA